CUUCAUCUCUCCGUUACAGCUUAAGCCGUCAAGACAGGAAAAAUGGUGCAACGGCUCGUAUACCGCUCACGCCAUUCCUAUGCCACCAAAUCAAACCAAAACCGUGUUGUCAAAACACCUGGGGGUAAGCUAUUGUUUCAAUCCACAAAGAAGAGGGCUAGUGGACACAAGUGUCCUGUAACGGGAAAGCGGAUCCAAGGGAUUCCCCACUUGAGGCUUGUUGAGUACAAGAGGCCUAGAUUAUCCAGGAACAGAAGGACUGUUAACCGUGCUUAUGGUGGAGUCCUAUCAGGCAGUGCUGUCCGGGAAAAGAUUAUUAGAGCAUUCAUGGUGGAAGAGCAGAAGAUUGUGAAAAAGGUGUUGAAGAUUCAGAAAACUAAGGAAAAGCAGGCUGCAAAGAGCUGAGAAAUACACCUCACGAAUUUAAAUCUUGUGUUUUGGUGUAGAAGUUUUGGAUACUGUGGUCAAAGAAUCAUGACAUGAUGUACUCUAUGGGGGUUUUAAUAUUUAGCUUUGUUCACCAUUGAGAGAUUCAUAAGUUUUCCUUCAGUUUGUUGAAGUUUCAUUUUACUUCAAAAAAAAGAA